CCUGUUUGGUUUGAUUCUGAAAGAACGGAGGAAUGCUUAGCACUAAGCGUUUUUCUAAAUAUACACGGAUUCGCAUAUCAAUUUGGUGGUCACGUUUACGAUAUUCCUCGAUUGAAUGUGCUGCACAAAAGCCGCCUUGCCUUUAAGUUUGUAAGAUAUUCGAGAUAUCGCAGUAUAUUUUUCAUAAGAGAAACUACUCACAAGGUUGCUGAAAACCGUUCGACCGGUUUCGCUCUUUUUGUGGCUCCUCAUGCAACUGAGCGUGCUACGCUAGGCCACCUCAUUUUUCAGUUGUUACGAUAUUCCAGAAAUCGCGAUACAUCUGCAAAACAACGUGUGGAUUUUGGCCGACUUUUGAUUUGUGUCCUCAUUCGCAACUUGAGGUGUAUUUCUAAAAAAAAACAAAGAUUCGUUGCUGAAAAUUCCUCGACAGCCCACGACCGGUUUUGCCCUUCUUGGGACUCAUCAGGUAGGCACAGUCCCCGAGUUUCCGUCAACCUUAUGUUCCACUGGAAACCAAAUCGCACGAAAUUAGCGAAAUACACUCAUUUGCAAACUAAUUUGGUUUCUCAAGAGACUUAA